AAUAACCUUUGAAAAGAGCCCACAGAAAAAGUGGAAAAAAGAUGGACUCGAUUUGAUUUUGCAAUUUGCUUGCAUAAAUUGCUUGCGCCCGGGUCUUCCUCGUUCCUAGUCAUCAGUCAUUACAAGCACUGACUCUGUCUUCUUCGUUUUCUCUUUCCUGUUCCGACAACGUUAGCAAUGUCGAAACCCAACACUGGAACCAGCUCGGCACCAACGAAACCGGCGUGGGUCCUCCCGUACCCAACGGAAAACCUGAGGGAAGCGUACACGCUGGGGCGAAAGCUGGGUCAAGGUCAAUUCGGGACAACGUUUCUGUGCACGCACAACGCCACGGGUCGCAAAUACGCGUGCAAGUCAAUUCCGAAGCGGAAGCUACUGUGCAAGGAGGAUUACGACGACGUUUGGAGGGAGAUUCAGAUAAUGCACCACUUGUCUGAGCAACCUAACGUGGUGAGGAUCCACGGCACGUACGAGGACCAUUCCUCCGUUCACUUGGUGAUGGAGCUUUGCGAAGGUGGCGAGUUGUUCGAUAGGAUCGUGCGGAAGGGGCAAUACAGUGAGAGAGAAGCUGCGAAGUUGAUUAAGACUAUUGUUGAGGUUGUUGAGGCUUGUCAUUCUCUUGGAGUUAUGCACAGAGAUCUUAAACCUGAGAAUUUCUUGUUCGAUACUGUUGAGGAAGAUGCUAAGCUCAAAACCACUGAUUUCGGGUUGUCUGUUUUUUAUAAGCCAGGUGAAACCUUUUGUGAUGUUGUUGGAAGCCCCUACUAUGUUGCACCAGAGGUCUUGCGUAAACAUUAUGGACCUGAAUCGGAUGUGUGGAGUGCUGGUGUUAUUUUGUACAUCUUAUUAAGUGGAGUGCCACCAUUUUGGGCUGAAACUGAGCAGGGGAUCUUCAGACAGAUUUUGUUAGGAAGACUUGAUUUCCAGUCUGAGCCAUGGCCUAGCAUUUCAGACAGUGCCAAGGAUCUAAUUCGAAAAAUGCUUGAUCGGAAUCCAAAAACAAGGCUAACAGCUCAUAAAGUACUCUGUCACCCAUGGAUUGUUGAUGACAACAUUGCACCUGAUAAACCUCUUGAUUCUGCUGUUUUAUCACGCUUGAAGCAAUUCUCUGCAAUGAAUAAACUUAAAAAGAUGGCUUUGCGUGUUAUUGCAGAGAGGCUCUCCGAGGAAGAAAUUGGUGGUCUGAAGGAGUUGUUCAAAAUGAUUGAUGCAGAUAACAGUGGAACUAUAACAUUUGAUGAGCUAAAAGAAGGCUUAAAACGAGUAGGCUCUGAACUUAUGGAGUCUGAAAUCAAGGAUCUUAUGGAUGCAGCGGACAUUGAUAAUAAUGGGACAAUUGACUACGGUGAAUUCAUUGCUGCUACUGUUCACUUAAAUAAGCUGGAGAGAGAGGAAAAUCUAUUGUCAGCGUUCUCCUAUUUUGACAAAGAUGGAAGUGGUUACAUAACCAUUGAUGAGAUACAACAAGCUUGUAAAGAGUUUGGUUUGGAUGAUGUCCAUAUUGAUGAAAUGGUCAAGGAAAUUGAUCAAGACAACGAUGGACAGAUAGAUUAUGGGGAAUUUGCUGCCAUGAUGAGAAAGGGCAAUGGAGGGAUCGGAAGACGAACCAUGACAAGCACACUGAAUUUCAGAGAUGCUCUGGGAAUCAUGGGCAAUGGGUCCAAUUAAGUUAUAGUACUUUAAGAAAUUAUUUGGUGAUAAAAUUUUGAACAAGGAAAACUUUGGAGACUCUCAACAUUAUGGGUAGCCUAGCCAAAAUUUGAAUUUAUGAAUAGACACAUCAGUAAAAAUUGUUUCCCUCCCUGAAAUGUGUGCUGCCUAUGCAUUACAUGAG